CUCCAGUUUUGUCCGAACCGUACAACGAACCGGAUCCGUGUCCGUUCGCUCUCGACGAACAGUUUUUCACUGCGUAAGCCAAAAACACACAAAAGUUUACACAACGGGUGGCAACGGGGCUUAGAAAGCCUUCGCCCGGCCAUCAAUCGGGCGCCGUUCUGCCAGUCACGGUACAAACGAUUUUAGAGUGUCACGAGCGGUGAAGAAGUCUAUCUGAAAAAAAUGUUACACCCAACUAUCGAACCAAACCCCACGUGAGGAGUGAUCUGAAGAGCAAUGUUGCGAUACUAACAAAGAAAAAAGCAUGCCAAACAGUGUAAUCUCAUCCGGCAUACAUUCGCGCCGGUAAAAAAGCGCGAUUGAAAGCGUUAAAAUCAGUGCUUUUCCAGUGUUUGUGUGUGAGAGCGUGUGUGCAAGUGCAUGUGCACUCUGCUAAAGAGAAAGUGAAGCUUCCCAGCUAUCCCCCGACAGUGAAAGUGUGCGUGUGUGUUUGUGUGCUUGCGUCUGUGCGUGUGUGUCUGUGUGCGCUUUCACCCACCAUUGAUGUGCUUGUGUGUGCGUGCGCCCGUUAGCAGGAAGCUUAGCGUGAGGGAAAAUGAUGUUGAAACGUGAUUAUCUCCGGUUGAUUCGCUGUGAGUUUUGAAUAAUCAACCCGAAAGCCCGACGAGACCCGCCGCAUCCCGUCACGCAACCACCGCACCCCCUGUCAGAGUGGUGUGGAAAACGACGGUGCAAAAUCUUUGCCCAACUUGGGCAUCCCGGGGUGGUGUGCGUGUGUGUGUUUGUCCGACUGAGCCAAUCGUGAAUUUUCCACCACCACGGUUUUGAGUUUUCGCUGCUGUUUUGUGUCUGUGUGAGUUUGCGGAGUUUACGUUGUUGCGGCUGUUUGCUACGUACCAUGAAACCGGCGGCAGCGCGAAGCAUCACACUGGCAGUCACGCUGGUAAUGCUGGCUAAUCUCGCCCGUGCACAGAUCGACUGGGCGGAGGACGACGAUGAUCCAGUGUCUACAGUGACGGUCGAGGCAGUUCUCGGGCGAACGGCGACCUUGCCGUGUGACAUCGAACCGGAAGAGCUGAACGAUCGGGUGUACAUGGUGCUGUGGUUUCGGGAAAGCGCAGGCAAACCUUUGUACAGCUACGACGUUCGGGGGAGACAAUUCUCCAAGGCCCUCUACUGGUCGGAAACGAGCGCCUUCGGACCGAGGGCGUACUUCGUGACGAUCUCGAAACCGGCCGCCCUCAGCGUGGACAACAUCCAGCUUGAUGACGAAGGGGUGUACCGGUGCCGGGUGGAUUUCCAGAACUCGCCCACAAGAAAUCAUCGCAUCAACCUAACCGUAACCGUGCCACCGCAUCAGAUACUCGUGUACGACGCGUCCGGGCUGGACGUGACCGGUGCGAUCGGGCCACUGCAGGAGGACGACAACCUGGUGCUUACCUGUGAGGUCCGCGGAGGACGGCCCGAACCUACCGUCACCUGGCUGAACGGGGACGAGAUCAUGCAGACCGGCGGUGGCAUCUCGAUGGGCCGGCACGUCACGGUCAAUCGGCUGGAAAUACCGAAAAUGACACGAUCGGCACUGAACAAUACGUACAAGUGUCAGGCAUCGAACACCAAGCUGGUACCACCGGCCGAGCGUAGCAUACGGGUGGAUAUGUUGCUCAAACCACUCUCGGCCUCACUGUCAUCGAAACCGAAACAAUUGAUAUCGAACCAGGAGUACGUGCUGGCGUGCAAUGUGGCCGGUUCCGUACCGGAAACGGACAUCAAAUGGAUGCAAAACAAUCGACCAUUCACGAAGGGAAAGAUAAAACUCAUCAAUAACAGCUCGAUGGUGUCGUCCGUGCUGAGCUUCCGGCCCCAUCCCGAUGACGAUGGCACAAUUCUCAAGUGCGAAGGUUCCAAUCCACGCCUACAAAACUCCGUCCUCGAGGACUCGGUCAUCAUGAACGUGCUCUAUCCACCGCAAGUGACACUGUCGCUGGGAUCAACGCUUAAUCCCGACGACAUCAAGGAAGGCGACGACGUCUACUUCGAGUGUCACAUUAAGGCAAAUCCGAGGGAGCAUCGCAUUACAUGGUCACACGAUGGUCUACCUGUCACGCAGAACGUCACCUCCGGUGUCAUCAUCUCGACGCGGUCGCUGGUGCUGCAGCGCGUUGGAAGGUUUCACUCCGGCAGUUACGCCUGUGCCGCGGCCAACGAUCGUGGCGAAACGCAAAGCGAUCCGGUUGCCCUCAAAAUACACUUUGCACCGGUUUGCAUAUCAAACAGUAUCAUGAUCGUGGGUGCAUCGCUGGACGAAACCGUUCCGGUACCGUGUCACGUAGCGGCCGAUCCGCUGGACGUGUCCUUUGAUUGGAACUUUUCCAACAGCGGCGAACGGUUCGAGGUGGCCAGCGGUCAGUUCAAUCUGCUGCAGGAGUUCCACCCGGAGGGCAUCACCCAGUCCCGGUACGACGCGGACGAGGAUAACUCAGAAACGAUCUAUGAGCUGCUGUACACGCCGAAAAGUGAACGUGAGUACGGGACGCUGGCGUGCUGGGCGAAAAAUUCCAUCGGCAAGCAGGUCGAACCGUGCCUGUUUCAAGUAGUACCGGCAGCCAAGCCGGCCCCAUUGCGCAACUGUACCCUGCGGCCCUACUCGACCCUAAUGUCGCCGGCGGGUCCACAGCACAGCCAGAAUGCUUCCGCCGCGUCAGCAUCCGCCUACUCGUACACGUACGGCGAUCCGCCGAGCAGCCACCCGGCCGGUCGGCAUCCAGGUCAGCACUAUCGGGACACUAAUUACAUUGUGCCGCAAUUCGUUAAAGAUCGGAACGUGCCACCGGCCGACCAGCGGAAUGUUACAGUGAAAUUUAAUCAGAAAAAUCCCAACCCCGGCGCGGCCGGUUCCCGCGCCACCGGGCCAUCCACUGCCUCGCUGCGCUCCUCUUCCUCCUCCUCCUCUUCGUUCGCUGCGGUGAAAGCUUCCGGCGCGGUUUCGAACCGUCGAGAUCGGCGUAACCGCACCGGUGGCGGUUUGCCUUCGAUCCGCGACACCGAUACGGCUCGCCUAACCGCGGACGGCGGGGAGGAAAGCAGCGCCGGAACCGGAUCAAAGGAACCGCUUGCCGAUCCACCGCGGCCCCUGCCCGCCCAGCCGCUCGAAAUGGUUCGGCGGCGGGUGAAAGCGGCCCCCGGCUCCACGACGAGCGACGAGCAGAACAGCCGAACCGAGCUGCUGAACACGGCGACGGCCGUCCUGCUCGGCGAGGGCGGUUCGGCAGCCGUACUAGCAUCGUCGGCGGUCGGCAACGAUCCGACCGAGCAACAGCGCGGAAGUCGACUGCGCCGCUACACCAUGAACUCCUCCACCGCCCACCAACGAGCUCUAUUUGAUGAUGAUGAUGAUGAUGAUGAAAUUUUCAGCAACGCCAGCCUACCGGCGGCGAACAGCAGAGGCAGCGAAAGCAACAGCAAUCAACCUUCGCAUCUGCAGCACAGCAGCAGCAGCAGCGACGAUCGAGCCCGGGGUGGAAAUAAUUAUCACACGCCGGGCAAUGCAGCAGCAGCAGCACCGAUUGCAUCGCAAUUAAGAUCGAAAACGAUACGCCACCAAUCGACACUGGCCCCGCCCGCCCCACCAUCGGCCGCCUCCCUCGCCAGCUACGGUGGCGGAUUUUCCGGUGUGAAUGGCGCCACCGGACACGGGCCCACUUCCUACGGAGGCAAUCAUCAUCAGCAUCAUCAGCAUCACUACGUAGGACCGGGGGACGGCGGUGGUGGUGGUGGCGGAGGCACCGGUGGUGGCAGCCACUCCGCUUCCGUGGGGAACGAGCUGCAGCCCACGAUGAUGGAGCUCGAGUGUGUCGCCGGGUACGAUGGUGGCCUGCCGCAGCACUUUUUUCUCGAGGCGUACGACUCCCGGACGCGCAAAUUGCGCCUAAACAUCACAAGUGCCCUUAACGAUGUGCCGCUCUUCCGGAUCGACCUGACUGAACUAAGUCCCAGCGAAGCCUACACACCGACCCUGCACCUGAUAGCGUACAGCGUGAAUCAGAAAGGUCGUUCCGAGCCGACGAUCCUGGAGGAUAUAGCAAUUAAUGAAGCUGAAAAAAGGACCGAGGGAACGGAAGGCUUAGGGAUACUACCGUUUGCAGCUCUGUUGACCGGUGCCCUCUUUACCAUCGGUAUCGCUGUCCUACUGGUCGUGGUGCUUGCCAUCCGCCGGAAGCGUGACGGCCACGGUGGUGGCCUGUGUGACGGCAAGGAGAAGCAUAUAGGCAUGGACAUCACCGUAACGACACCGCUCGAGAUGGGCAUGGGACAGCAGAAGUACGUCGUCGCCUACACGCUCAAGCAGGGCGUCGAAAAGCAGCCGGACAUACUGAGCGCCCAAAAGACGGGCUCGGCUAGCGUGCAGUCGAUAAAGGACAUCGGCACGCAAAAGCUGGGCUCCCCGGUGGGCUUGCGGGGUCCCCCGGCCACCGGUACCAUCUACGCGACGGGGGGUGGUGGCUACGAUCAGCAAAAAUCGACCCCCUCCAGUCGGCAGAGCACACUCAAGCGAACGGACGCUUCCGCUAACAGCUACUGUCUGCUUCAGCAGCAACAGCAGCAGCUGAGCAGCACCAGCAAGCAGCAGUACCCGGGCGAGCUGGUCGAGUACGAGAAACCGUACACGAACUACCAGCACACACUGCAGUACAACCACAAUCCGCCACCGCUCGUCGAUCCGUACGCGUACAAGAGCUCCCCGCUGGGCGGUGUGCCCGAGGACCAUCCCCAGCAGCAGCAGCAGCAGCAGCAGCACCACGGUGAGCCGGGCGUUGCGUCCAAUUCUACCGGCUACGAGUAUCGUAGCGGCAGCAGCCGCAGCAACAGCGGCAACCUGAAGCAGGCGGCCACCGGCCUGAACGGGGGCGGAAAUCCGGAGUACCGAUAUUCGGGGUCCGAGUUUGUGACGGAUCUGCUCGACUUUAGCAGUGCCCCGUCGCCCUCGUCCAGCUCGACCGUCGGGGCGACACUAACGAAGACACGCAACCGUCAGCACAUCAUCACCGACACGCUGCCCGGACCGGAGAGCUGCGUGUAGAGUGACCCACUCGACAACGAACCGCAACCGAGCGAGUAAGCGAGCAGCGAGUGACGAGCCGGCCAGGCUUACGCUAAUCCGGAAGAGUACUUGCACAAGGGCCGGUCUGCUAAAGCCGGUCACAGCCGAGCCGGGCCUGCUCGUUAACGGGACAAUAAAAACCCCACGCACGGACGGACGGAUUUCUUUUGGCGCGUUAGAUUAAAACUACUAGCAUGGCGGGCUUUGGUGGUGGGACAACAAAACCAACGCCCGCCGGUUGUCGUUCAAGCGGGCAUGGUAUGGUUAAGUGUGGCUCCACACCAGCAAAGGCAAACACCUUUUUUAAGGAUGAUGCUGGUAAACAAUCCAAACACAGCCAAUUCCAGCUAAAUACAGCGAUGGGAAGAUGCGACCGCACGAGCAGAAAACCCUCACGCAGGCCGGUUGAACAAAAAACCAUGUAAGCAUGCUUUCCACGAAUACAAUCACACCCGGCACGGCCCACGGCUCUCAUUCGAUGGUGCGGCUCAGGUGUAGCGACUUUGUGCAGCGAAGAAUAAAUAGACAGUCUUCCAUUAAGCAAACGAGACAAAACAAAGACAAGAACCCACACACACACACACGCGCGCGCGCGCACGCCAACGCGGCGUGAUGGUAGAAGGGGCGUCGCUGUAGAUGAUCUGUGUGCGAAAAAAGAAAAACAAAAAAGGGCCCCCGUUUUCCCGGCUAGGACGAACUAUGUUACGUAGGCAAUACAUGUGUUGAACAAAAACGGUUAGGUUAAUUACUUCGUUUGUAAAUACGCGUUGGUUGAUGAAGGGGAAGAAGGAAGCAGCAUCGUUUAACGAGCAGACAUGUGGACUGAUAAUGUAAAUAUUAGUUGAAAGCGAGAGUUUUUUUUUUUUGUUUCUGUUCGAAUGCUAGAGAAAUAUUUGGUUUUCGCACGUACGGUGGAGAUGAUUAGCAUCCAUUGAACGGUUAGCAAGAGCCGGUAGAUGAUUAUAUAAAAAAGGUUGUUUAACUAUUGUUUUGUACUACUUGUUUCAUAAACAAAAAAAAACUCUGGAACUUUGUGAUGGAGCAGCAGUUUUGUUUUGGAAAACCUCGCACGUUUUUGCAGACAUUUAGCAAUCGUUAUACUGAUAGACUACUCCCGAGAAUGAACGUUGUUUUCCAGCGUAGUGUACCACUUAGAUAAAAAAAAGGCCCCAACGCAUCCACACACACACUCACACACACUAGCAUAUCCAAACCAACAAUAAUAUCAACCAAACGCUACCAACCAUAUCGAUCAUAUCCCAAACUUCCCUUUUCCCGGGCGCUAGAUGUACACUAGCGCACCGCCUAUAUCCUCAGACUGAAGAAGCUACGGUGAGAGGGAAAGCGCGUGUCGGAUCAUUUGAUCGUUUCGCUUGUUUUCUCAACCCAAUCCUGAGGUGUAACACACACACAUACAUACACGACUAAUUAUCUGUUAACAGGAAUGGCUCACAUGGAGUUGUCAUGAAUUUAUCCCGGCCCGAUAUGCUCUUUUUGUUAAAAAUUGCCGACGGCAUCAAUAUUGUAAACAGGCGUUAUUAACACCUUGUUAAAAGGCAACACGCAAACACCGCGAAGCAUCCGUUAGUGUAUGGUGUGGACAGGAAACACACGUGUAAAAAGCAAAAAAAAAAGCAGCACUAACUCGUGUCGUAGCUAAAUACAGAAUCGAACAGAAACGAUGUUGUCGUUGCUUUAAGGAUCCGGCGGUCCCUGCGCGAAACCCCUCGAUAUCUCCCUAAACAACUAGUAAAUUUGUACAUAUCCGUCUAGAGUGAACUGUUCGUGCUCGUGCAGCAAGACACUGCUGGCACAUUAGCCAAUAGCAAAAAGCUUCCCGAAUUGCUAUCCUUUUUUUUCUUGUAAAUAUACUGUAACAGGGCCAUGCUUUCGACUCGUGUAACGCGUGUACCAUAUGACCAUAUCCUAAGACAUUUUUGUCAAUCCAUUAAGACCAACUCUCGCAGCGUACGGUGCGGAUCAAACGAGAGGCGUUGUUUACGUGGUAGAAUUAUCGAUGCCGCUCGUUUGCGCCCAGCUGCAAGUGUGUACAGAUGAACCAAACGCAUCGUGCGUGCAUGUUCCGGACAGAUCAGUCGGCCUCAGUUCCCCUUUACCUGUACAUAGCUAUGUUUAAGCGACGGGUUCAGCCACCGCCGAGCCUAAAAAUCCUUCCGGAGGCGCCGCAGGAAGUACGCAAACGUUUUCUUCCGUUGUAGGAGCAGCAUAGACAAACAAAAUACGGCAUGCAAAAGCACGAAUCUUUAUGAAAUGUUGGUGCGAAAUGAGCCCUUGCAAGCAAGCAGCUGACUCGGAGCAGUUUCGCAUUGUCUGUAUAUGUGUGUGUGUGUUUGUGCAAUAUACUGCGAUAAUGUGUACGAUGAUGAGUCAAUAAAAACAAUCUAACUAAUUGUGUUUUUUUAAA